AUGAAAGGAUUUAAUAGGGAUCCGCUGAUAGCUCACGUUUCAAAACGCCAAGGCGGCACACCCGGACCCGCUGCAUAUAACAUUGAAAGUCGUUUAGAUACAACAACAAUCAAAUUAAAAGGUCGUCCUUCAGAUAAAGUUCUUUAUGACGAUACACGUAUGUUAAAACUCCCAUCAACUAUCGGCAAUGUUCCGAAGAUAACACUCGGAGCACGCACACAGCUUUUAACAAACAAAUUCCAAACCCCAGGUCCAUCAUAUAUUCCGCCUUCUUUCGGAGCAGGAAGCAGGCAUCAUUCAUUCGGCACUUUCAAUGGUAUGAAAACAAAAUCACAAACAUCCCUCGAUCACGCAAUAACUCCAGGCCCAGGUCCUGCUGCUUAUUCUCUCAGAGAUCAUUCAUUCGAUGCUACAGGAGCGAAAGGAAUUAAGAUGAAAGGUACACACGACUUCAAGUACGCCGAGUCAGUAUCUCCAGGUCCUGGCGCUUACGCUCCAAGAUUUGAAUCUGUACUUGCUUCAGCUCCAAAGCCAAUCUUCCAUAUUAGACCUAAGUCUAAGGAUCCAGAACCAGGUGUUGGCUAUAAGGAAUUGGGUUCAACACUCAGUGGACCUCAAUACACUAUGAAACGUCGCGCUGAUGAUGAUAUUAACUUAAUCUAA